AAAAAAAAACAGAGUGAAUGAGUGAGUGAGUUGAUUGGGAGGUGGUAUUAACACGAAUUAAAUUACUCAGUUAUUUUGAUUAUUUUACAUUAUUGCUCCAAAUAUAUAAUAAAUAAAUAUGAGUACUAUGGAUGAAAUCGAAGAAGAAGCAAAAGCAGCAGCAGAAAAAAUGGUGAUGAACAUGAUGCAAAGGCCUGGGCAACUAGAAAAAGUCGAACAAUAUAAGAAGAGAAUAACUCACAAAAAAGCCUCGAUUGAAGCUCAGUUGAAAUCAGCUGUGCAAGGCAAGUUGGAUGGAGUAAGUGUAGGAUUAAAACAACUCCAAGAAUGUCUUGAUGAUGUACAACAAAUUGAUGCAAAAAUGGAUGAGCUAGAGGAGCUAUUUAAGAGUGUUCCCCCAUUAGUUGCGUCCCUUCAAGCUGUGCGGGAGGAAGACUCCCGUCAUUCUCAGUAUGUGACUGCAAUGGACAGCCUCAAGCACAUUUUCACUGUGCCAGAGAGUGUUGCCAAAACCAAACAGUGGAUUGGAGAGGGAAAGCUGUUACAUGCGCAUCAGUGCCUAAAUGACUUGGAAAAUUCAAGAGAUGAUCUUCUAUAUGAACUACAUAGGCUACCAAACCAGUCUUCACAUGAUAAAAUAAUGCUAAAAGCAUACUUUGAAGAUGUAGAAAUGGUUUCCAAUCUUCUGGAGAAACAGAUUAAGCUUAUUCUAGCGCGUACCUUGAACACAGUGCGCAAGGAACCCACAGUAAUAGUCACAGCUCUGAGGAUUAUAGAGAGAGAAGAAAAGCGGGAUCAAAUGGCUUUACAGCAACAAAACCAAACAGGCUUCAUGCCUCCAGGGCGUCCUAAAAACUGGCGAACCAAAGCCUUUGAAGUCCUUGAGUGCGCUGUAGCUCAGCGUAUAGAAGGCACGCGCGUCGACGAGCGAGAAGACAACAAACUGUGGUUGAUUCGCUACUUGGAACUGACCAGGCAGCUCAUAUUGGAAGACUUGAGAGUCGUCAAGACUUUAUGCGUGCCCUGCUUCCCGCCACACUAUGACAUUGUUAACAAAUAUGUUAACAUGUACCACACUUGCUUGUCUAGUAGUCUUCAAGACGUAGUACUAAAUGGUUUGGAAGGCAAUGAGUAUGUGACCCUGCUGUCGUGGGUCCUCAACACAUACCCUGGACAAGAACUGAUGGGCAGUCCCGAACUAAACAUCGACGUGACCACUCUACCGCCGCUGCUCAAUCAUGAAACCAUGCAAAGAUUACAGGACGAAUACUUACAGAAAAUGGAGUCUAACUACAUGGAGUGGAUGGAGAAGACUCUAGAAUCUGAACGCGCGGAGUGGGCGCGCGCGGCCCCGCCCGACGUGGAGCCCGGCUCGCAGGCCUACCACACGCACGCGCCCGUCAUCAUCUUCCAGAUGAUCGACCAGAACCUGCAGGUUACAGAGACAAUAAGCAAAGAAAUAACAUUCAAAGCUUUAUUGUUGAGCAUUGACCAAGUCACACGCUACGGAAACAUGUACCGAGAAGGAGUCAUACAAUUUAAGAACUCGCACUUCGCGGACCGGUCCCGCGUGGUGUACUUCACGCACCACGUGAUCACGAUCGUGAACAACAGCGAGCAGAUGGUGCGGCUGGCGCAGCAGACGCAGGCGCGGCACUGGCCGCCCGGCCGCCACGACCCGCCCGCCGAGGACAAGUUCGACAGGAUGCUCAACACAUUCCAGAAUCUUCGAGACGAAGCAGCCAGGCUACUCCUGGAAGAAGCAUUCCUGGAUUUGGAAGUUCACUUUGACGACCUGUUCACUUCAAAAUGGCUGCCUUCGAGCAUUCCCGUGGACACAAUCUGCGUUACAUUAGAAGAUUACUUCCAAGACUACAAUCACUUACGGGAGAAAAACUUCGAAUACGUUAUUAACGAGGCACAGAACCUUGUUUAUAAGAAGUAUAUAACCGCCAUGUUGUCUAAGAAAGUGACGUUUAAAACGGCGGAGGAAGCUCAGCAGGCGGCGACGAAGAUCGUGAAAGAAGCGAAUCAGAUACGAGCGUUCUUCAGGAGAAUCGCACCCGACGGUGUGAACGUUGACUGGCCCUUCGAGGUGAUCAGUAUGCUAGCUGAGGUCCUGAAGUGCCAAGACAUAGAGAUGUUGUCGCUGGACUUGCACGGCAUGCUGGAGAAGUGCCCGGACAUAACUGAGGAGCAGCUGCUGCGGCUGCUGUCGCUGCGCGGGGACGUGCCGCGGGCGCACGUGCGCGACACCGUGGCGCAUGUGCUGGCCACGAGGCAGCCCUCGCGGGCGCCCACCCACCCAUCACUGUUUAAACAUAUCACCUUCAAUGACAGACUCCUUUCACACUUUGCCUUGUAAAACAAGUCCAAUGGGCGUUUUGUCUUCUAAGGGUCAGCGCAAACAAAUAUAAACAACUCGAGCAAACGCUUGCAGUAUUUCGUACUCCUACUCGUCAAUAUUGUACUUUAUGACAAAGGGAAUAAAGUUAUUUUUAGUGGUAUCAGAAAAUAAUCCCUUCGUGGCUGCUCUUGUUCUGCGCUGGCGCUAAGGACAACUUUAUUAAUCAUAGAUAGAUAUAGGUACAUAAUGAUAUAACGCCACCAACAUUAUUAAUAUAUUUCUGCUAUAUUUAGAAUUAGAUAAUAUAAAAGGUAUUUUUCAACAUUAUAAUAUUACCAAUAGAUAUAGUUAUUUAUUUAGUUAUUAAUUCUAUAGGUAUAUUUUAUACCCAUGUGGUGCGUAAGGUGCGUUAUUAUAAUAAGACUGUUAAUAUUAUUGAAUAAUUAUAGUGUAUGUUACACCCAAAAAUGGUU